GACAGUCAGUUGAGUUCUUGCGCCGCUUCAGUGUGGAAAAUGCGAGGACAAUCUUGACAACCAUUUUUUUUUAACCUUGUUAUUGUUUACAAAUCGGGGGCCCAGAUUGUCGGCCAAGAGAGGCCCAUCGCAGGGAAUGAGCGUUGAAAUGGAGUGCGAGCCGAUGGAGAAGGCCGAGGACAGCGAGGAGUCGGAGGAUGAGAAGUGCACUUACAUCCGGACUCGUCGCGGUGUCAUUCCAGUGAGCAAAGUGAAACAAGACAAGAAACCCGAUCGCCUGAACGGCGAGUACUCGUACCAGAACACGAUCAAGCAAAGAGUGAUCGGCCAGCCGUGCAUCGAUUGCAAAAUGGAGUGCGAUCAUCGCAUUGCCGAGCGAUUUCGUCAGGACAACUACUUGAACUUUUGGGGCAAACUGAAGAGCUGGGAGGAGCGACGAACCCACGUGCGGCGCCUAGUUCAAGUGCUGCGCGUCCCGCACCCGAAAAACAAAAUGCGCAAAAAGUUCCUCCGCAAAUACUACUUGGAGAUGGAACAGGGCUUCACCCUGGUCUGCAAGACCAUGUUCUUCAACACUUUGGCCAUCAGCGCCAAGUUCAUCGAAACCACACUGCAAAAGUAUCCGGAGAAUGUGCUGGACGAGACCAAGAUCAAGCUAGUGAACAACCCGAGCACCAUUCCAAAGAGCCUGGACAAUAUCAAUAACUCUCCGCGCCUCAUGAAGAAGCCCCAAAAGGAGCAAACCCUAAACGCCCCCAUCAAAGAGGAGCUUCCGAUCGAGGGCCAGCUGCUGGACCUGCAAAGCAAGUCCACUAUGCGACCUCCCUGUUCCUGCCCGGAGCAGUGCGGCUCCAAAAUCACUCAGGAGUCCCGUCUCAAGAUCUACGACCACUUCUGGAUGAAACUCAGGUCGUGGGAGGAGCGCAAGCUCUUCAUUAUCAACACCAUUGAAAAGGACCGAUAUACUUCCAUUAGGACGUUUGUGCUGCCCAUCAAGGACGGCGGGCAUAUCGUGGUCUGCCAGGAAAUGUACCUGAACACGCUAUCGCUGACUGAGAAGACCAUCGACCUGCUGCUGCCCAAAAGCGAGCCGCUAAAGCCGAAGCGCAAGCUGCUACCUGAUAACACGGACGUGCGUCCCGAGAUCAAACCAGAGCCGCCCAAAGAGACGCUAACUACCUUAAACAUUGCCAAAGAUGCGGCCAUUCCGCCGCCCCUCAAACGCUCGCGCCUGGAGUUCAGCCCCCUCCAGCCGCCCUGCUGCUGCCCGAUGCAAUGCCACAUUAAACUAACGGACGACAUCAGACAGCAGAUACACCGCGAGUUCUGGAACCUGCCGGCGCAAGUCGACAAAAAGCACUUUAUCUUGUCGACCAUCCAGACGCUGAUGAGCCGCGACAAGGCGACCAAAGAACGAACCUACGAGAUCAAGCACUUCAGCCUGCCCUUCCACUACAACACGGUGGUGGUGUGCAAAGACAUGUACCUGAACACUUUGACGGUGUCCGAGGAGUUCGUCUCGAACACCAUCAAGAACGUGAACCACGACGGGAGCAUCGUAGAGGACGAUGAACAGACAGCGGGGGCUUGUGCUCCUAUGAAAGCGGGCUUUCAGCGGCGCGACGGCUUGGAAGAACGCGACUUUAUCAAUUGUGCCGACUUGCUAGAGAGCCAGAUCAAAGAGGACGUACUGCACUCGGCCAAGGCGGAAGUGCGCCGCAUCAAAAAGCCGCGCAGCAGCAAGAAAAUGGGGCCGCCCUGCCCGCCCUCCUGCCGACACCAGUGCAGCUCCAAGUUCAUGGAGGAGGAGCGCAAAACGCUCCACGACAACUUCUGGUACUCCAUGAACUGGCAGGAGCGGAAGCAGUUCGUGAUGAACACGGUGAAGGAGUUUCCGAUCAAAAACCGUUCGAUCCCCGGCCGGCAGACCAAGCGCAACUUCAGCCGCAUCUAUACGCUGCCGCUGCACGACCGCAAAAUCACCGUGUGUCAAAAAAUGUUCUUCAACACGCUGUCCAUCUGCAGCAAAUUCGUCUCCACUGUGCAUAUCUGGGCGUCGCAGGUCAAGUGGUAAGACUUUACAGGGUUUGUUGUUAGCUGCUAGUUUAUCUUUAUACGUACUGGGUUUGUGAGUGUGAGAACCACACACUGACUACCCCCUGUAUACCAAGACGAAUCAAAUUGCCCAAUUUAUUCCUAUUUUUAUAUUCGACUUUAUUUUAGACUUUAUACUUUAGUGAAGACUUUACAACCACUCCCCCAUACAACCGCCCCCCCACCAAAAUGACAUUACUUCGAAUAUUUUCGUUGCAUUUAAACCAAUCGAGAACUGAAUCAAGUACUUUUAGGUCCUAUAACCGAACCACUACUAUUUUUAGCGUAAGGAUGUACUAAUUAUGAACUAAUUGAAGUUUCGCGACGUAGAACAAUAACUCUUAUUAUUAAGUUGUCCAAUUUCCAACAAGGUACCACUAGUUCGGUGUAGAAAUACAAUUUUUAUUAGA